CUCUUUACUAGACCAAACUUUUAAGGUUUUCUCCUUUCUCUGUCUCUUUGUUCAUAUUCUAAAAAGUACAUCAAUGGCAUCUACCAAAUCAGUUAAAGUUCCCACCAUAGAUUUUUCCAAUCAUCAAGAGCUAAAACCAAAUACUCCACUUUGGGAAUCCACAAAAAAUCAAGUUUUUGAAGCUUUACAAGAAUAUGGUUGUUUUGAAGCAAUAUAUGAUAAAGCUUCAAAUGAAAUUAGAGAAGGCAUGUUUGGUAUUUCAAAAGAAAUAUUUGAAUUUCCUUUGGAGACCAAAUUGAAAAAUUUCUCAGAAAAACCAUUACAUGGCUACAUGGGGAUGAUUCCACACUUGCCAUCGUAUGAGAGUUUGUGUAUUCCUGAUUUGCUUAAUCCUCAAAGUGUUGAAAAUUUUGCUAAUAUCUUUUGGCCUCAUGGUAAUCAUGAUUUCUGCAAUUUGAUAAAAUCUUAUUCAAAUCCACUUGUGGAAUUGGAUGAAAUGUUGAAAAGGAUGAUUUUGGAGAAUUUGGGAUUAAAACAUCAAAUUGAUGAAUUGUUGGAUCCCAAUUUUAUCCUAUUUAGAUUUACCCAUUAUAAGGGAUCAUCAAAUAUUAGUGGAGAUGAAAAUAAUAAAUCUACUGGAUUGGGUGGCCACACAGAUGGUAAUUUUUUGACUUUUAUAUCACAAAAUCAAGUCAAUGGAUUGCAAAUCAACAAAAAUGGAGAGUGGAUUGAUGUCAACAUUUCACCAAACUCAUAUGCUGUUUUGUCUGGUGAUUCCUUCAGAGCAUGGACGAAUGGUCGAUUGCAUUCUCCCGUCCAUAGGGUAGCAAUGGCCGGAGAGAGUGAUAGAUUCUCCAUUCAAUUAUUUUCAUUAUCAAAACCAGGUCACUUCAUAGAGGCCCCAAAAGAACUUGUGGAUGAAGAACACCCUUUACUCUUCAAGCCAUAUGAAAUGCUUGGAUUAUUUGAGUAUGUUACUUCAUCAAAAAAUGUCUCUCGAGCUCCCAGUGAUAUUUUCAAGGCUUAUUGUGGUGUUUGAUAUGCUAAAUAUGAAUUUUCGAUGAACGUUUUGGUCAGAACACCCUAUAGUAUAUAUGGGACUUCUAACGAGAACAUUCGCCGAAAAUGCCUUCAACGAGCCACAAUUUCCAAUGAGUUUUAUUGAAAAUUUGUGUUUUUUUAGUAGUGUGUAUUGUAUGUCUGAAUUGUUGUCGUUCCUUAGCUUUAGCAUUCUCGUGAAUUUUUGAUGAAUGUUCCUGUCAUAAUCCUGUUAGUAUAUUUGGGAUUAUUGACAAAAUAUUCAUCGAAAAUGUCUUUAACGAGAGUUGUUGGGAAUUCGUAUUUUUUAGUAGUGUGUAUUUUACGUUCUAUGUUUUAUAUAUGUGUUUCCUGGGGAA